UCAGGCGGCCGCGGCUCUAUUAAAGCGCGGCGUCGGGCUGGGCGGCACGCACUGCCAGGAUGAGGCUCCCGGGCUGGUUCUGGCUGAGCUCCGCCAUCCUCGCUGCCUGCCGAGCGGCCGAAGCGCUCAACCUGACCGAGCGGCUGGAGGAUGCGAGCGCCCAGGCAGCCUGCCCCGUGCGGCUGGAGGGCAGCGGCAAGUGCGAGGGGAGCCAGUGCCCCUUCCAGCUCACCCUGCCCACGCUCACCCUCCAGCUCCCGCGCCAGUUCGGCAGCCUGGAGGAGGUGCUCAAGGAAGUGCAGACCCUCAAGGAAGCCGUGGACAGUCUGAAGAAGUCCUGCCAGGACUGCAAGCUGCUGGCUGACGACCACGGAGAGGCUGGCUGGCAUGGAGAAACGACGGAGAAGGACAACCGGGUGGAGGAGCUGGAGAGUCAGGUGAACAAGCUGUCCUUGGAGCUGAAGAACGCCAAGGAAGAGGUCCAGGAAAUGCACAGGCACCUGGAGAUGCUCCACGUCAUGAAUAAGAACAACAUCGAGAACUACGUGGAUGACAAAGUGGCAAAUCUAACCUUUGUAGUCAACAGUCUGGACGGCAAGUGCUCCAAGUGCUCCAGCCAAGAACAGUUCCAGUCACAGCCAGUUCAACAUCUAAUAUACAAAGAUUGUUCUGAGUACUAUGCAAUAGGAAAAAGAAACAGUGGGACCUACAGAGUUACACCUGAUUCCAGAAACAGUAGCUUUGACGUAUACUGUGACAUGGAGACCGCGGGGGGAGGCUGGACUGUGCUGCAGGCUCGCCUUGAUGGAAGCACCGAUUUCACCAGAGAAUGGAAGGACUACAAAGCAGGCUUUGGAAACCUUGAGCGAGAAUUUUGGCUGGGAAAUGAUAAAAUUCACCUUUUGUCCAAGAGUAAAGAAAUGGCUUUGAGAAUAGAUCUUGAAGACUUUAACGGUCUCACACUGUAUGCCUUGUAUGAUCAUUUUUACGUGGCUAAUGAGUUUCUCAAAUACCGAUUGCAUAUCGGUCAAUAUAAUGGCACAGCAGGGGACGCCCUGCGUUUCAGUAGACAUUAUAACCAUGACCUGAAGUUUUUCACCACUCCAGACAGAGACAAUGACCGGUAUCCCUCUGGGAACUGUGGGCUCUAUUACAGCUCAGGCUGGUGGUUCGAUGCAUGUCUCUCUGCAAACUUAAAUGGCAAAUAUUAUCACCAGAAAUACAGAGGUGUCCGUAAUGGGAUUUUUUGGGGCACCUGGCCUGGUAUAAGCCAGUCACAGCCUGGUGGGUACAAGUCCUCUUUCAAGCAGGCCAAGAUGAUGAUUAGACCCAAGAAUUUCAAGUCAUAACUUGUUAGUGCUCAGCUCUGCAAGCACCCACUAUGUAAGAGAACGAGUUCCUGAAGCCCUUUACCAUAUGCCUGAGUUUAUAUUCCUUUCCUAUGGCUAAACAUGUCCUUUUAAGCUUUACAGCUUUUUAAAAUAAAGCUGAAAACAUCUUAAAAAAAAAAAAAGGACUCCCUUGUUGCUGUUAUACAGGGAAUGCUUGGAAGCCCUGGAAAUAUUGACAAUUAGACAUUAUAUUAGAAAAUGCUUUAUUUUCGUAGUGGAAAAGUUUCCUGCUAUUUUUAUUAAAUUUUACAAUUAAAAAACUAAAUUAUUCAGCAAGCUGAAUUCUAAUGUAAGCAACUUUUAUUCUCACUAGGGCUAAACAUACAUAUUUGAAAAUCCAUCAGUCUUUUCAGGCAACAGUUAUUUGUGUAUCGAGAGCCAACAACUGUGGUGUUUUCUUUGGGCCAGGAAGCACUUAAAGCAUUUUCACUCUCAAAAAAAAAAGAGGGGGACAAUGUGUAUAGCUAAACUGACUCACGCAGUGUAGAAUACGGCCUUAAAAUACCUUCCAGUGUGGUAGCAUAGUGGGUCUCUUUCCCCUCCAAACUGGAAAGUAAUGUAACCCCAAAGACUCUGGUUUAGUGGCGAUGAAUUCAUUCACUGUUUAUUGCCUGUUAGACCCCUGAUGUGAAACCUGCUUUAUCAUCUCCCUCUGCUCUAAUAUGCAAAAUACUUUUUAACGUAAGGUGCUAGACUACUGUAAAGCCUCCUUGGGAAAAGGCAUGGUGGGGAAAAAGCAUUUAUUUAUAUUUUGAAAGCCAAUCCUAUAGCCAGAGCAAUACUAUUGUUGAGGAGCCAACUUCCUAGGAGGUUGACUUUUCCAGAAUAAAUUUAUUUAUUAAGAUGGAUUUUGAAAUAAUAGUUCAAAUAUUAUACAUUUUAAUUCUAAAUUGUCAUUGCUUAUAUUUCAUCCUCAGAAGUUCAAAGAAAAAAAAUAUAUAAAAAUUUUUCCAGACUUGUCUACUUAUAUGUUCAAAUAUGUACCCAUUGUAAAAAAUUAUUUAAAAGGAGUAAGAUAGUAUUUUAAAAAUAUGAAACAUGAUAUUUUUGUUUUCAGGUAAAUACAAUGACCAUUAAGCUAUUAUUAAUAUAAUUAAAUUACCAGAGUAAGCUAAACACAUGCUGAAUUAAAUGACCAAAGUGUAAAAUGUAGAUUUCAAAGGUUGUUUACCUACUUAUAGGAUAUUGAAUGUAAGUGGCAUAAUUAAUUUUAUUUCUUUUAUGAUUUUUAAAAAAGACUAAGAAGGUUUUGAUAUUAUACAAUAAAUGUGUUUUAAAUCUAGUUUACUGUAUGUAACCUAUAAGUCUAAGAACAUUUCAGUCAUAAAAAUGGACUUAUAGCAAACAAAAAAAAAACCUGUCACUCAUGUUUAGUGUGUCUUUUUCAGAACAAACUGAUGAAAAACAAUGAAUCCAUGUGAAUACUCUUAUCUUUGCACAUUUAAUGAAUCAAAAUAUUUUUUAUUAUAUUCGUAUGAUGUUUUUCUAAUGAACUCUUUAACACAGAAAUUUAUUUUUGAAAUCAUUUUCUGUCACUCACUUUAAAAUAUAUUUUAGACUUUGAUAAACUUUAACCUGUUUAUUGAAAUAGUUCUUUGCCUUAACUGUUCACUAAUAUACACCAAUGCCCACAAAUGUACACUAUUUUCAAAUAUAUAUUUUUAGAGUCUUGAUUUCAUUUGGGUGGUUAACAUUGAUCUUAAUUAUUACUCUACUGCUGAACAUUAUCCUUUAAAAACAUUGAGGAAACUGAUUUCUUAAGAAUUUAGUUAAUUGAACUAUCACUAAAUGAGAAAAUGAUUUUGCUGAAAAGUAGUAAUGUGUCAAAUGUAUCCAUUUAUCUGAUAAAUUGAGCUUGUAUAUGCAAAGGAUAAGAAGCAUUUGAAUCACAGUACUGUCUGGUCCUUGAUUUUCAAUGGUUUCCCCUCACCCCUCAAAAUGUUUUAAAGAUAGAAUAGAUAUAUGUAAUUGCAAUAAACUCUUGCUUUAAAAUGUAGAA